GGGGCGGGCGCGCGCGGCUACCGCUUCCGCCGGGCUAUGGGGCUGCGUGUGCUGCCGCCGCGGCUCCUGCUGCUGUCGGCGCUGCUGCUGUCGGUGCAGCUGUUCGGAGCCGCGGACGCCACGCCCCCGUCACUGCGCCGCACGCAGGCCACGCUCUUGCCGCAUCCCGUCGUGAAGAACGGGACCCAGCCGGGCGCGCCGCACAACACCACACACCCUUGGCCGCUGGGCUCGCCGGACUCGCCGCUUCUGCGUUCCCUCUACGUGGUUACGGGCCUCAUCGUCCUAGCCGUGCUCUACUUCCUCAUCCGGGCAUUCAGAUUGAAAAAGCCGCAGCAGAGGAGGUACGGGCUCCUGGCCAACACCGAGGACCCCACCGAGAUGGCAUCGCUGGACAGCGACGAGGAGACGGUCUUUGAAACAAGGAACCUGAGAUGAUGUACAGGUCGGGAAGGCAGCAUUUCCAGCGGCCUUGUGGGAAGGACGAGAGACAGGGCCCCUCCCAGGGCUUGGAAUGCCCUGCUGAUUCUCCUGCCGCCAAAGAGCUUGU